GCUCAUCCAUCAAACCAAAAGCUACUGUCUUUCCUACCCCACCCUCCUCUCUGCAAAGAGACAGACAGAGAGCGCAAAGGAAAAGGAAAAAGCAAAAGGAAAGGAGCCUCAGAUUCACAACGGUAAAGCUUUUCAACAUCCUGUUCAUUGUAGCCCACUCAGUCUGGCGCCAGAUUCACAAAAGGCUGGCGCCAGGAGCAGAGCAGGGAAGGAUUUGGAAGGGGACCGUCAGCAGAGCACCACCAGAGCAGAGCACACGGAGGGGGACCCUCCAAACGCAAGCAACCAAGCCCAGAGCACAACUGCACGACGCCAGGGAAGAUCAGAGCAGAAAAGAAUCGCUGCAAGAAUGCAGCCGGGGAGCACGGCCAGUGGUACUACUACCGGUGGACGGAGGCGUGUGUCGGUGCAGUCCACGAGGGGUGUCGGCGCGUCGGCAUCGGGGGCGGGGUCGGCGUCGGUGUGGGAGGCGCGGAGGAGGAUGGACGAGGUCAAGGGCGGCGUCAAGGUCUUCAGAGCCGGCGCUGGCGACGAGCCGGCCGACGAGGAAGGGAUGCGGGUGUACCGCCGCCUGCACCGCAACCAGAGCGAGGGCGGCGCCGGCGGUGCCAACGCGGCGGCGAAGAAGAGGAGGAAUUGGAAAGCGUCCGAGCCGGUCACCGCGAUCGGGGAGCUGCGCAAAUCGAGGUCCGACGCCGGGGCGGCGGCUGCUGUGGCGACCUCCGGGGUGGUCGCGAGGCGGGCCAUGGCGAGGCUCACCACGCCGGAGAAGAAGGUAGCGCCCGCGGGCGGCGAGGUGAAGGAGGUGGUGGUCAUCGAGGUGGCGAAGGCCCCAUUGGAGGAAGCCAAGAACAUGGUGCAACAAGCAGAGGAAUUAGACGACGACGAGGACGAGUUAGGCGAGGAGCUGGAGACGGAGGAGGAGAAGCAGAUGCUAGAUCAAGAUCACAUGGCCAUUGACGAGGACGAGACAGCUCUGCACCAAGUGGACGACGACCAAGAUCUUGAGCCACCAGCAAAAGCAGGGAUUAAGCCGUCGCCAUCGUUGGAAGAAGAGAGAGCGGCUAACCCGGGACCAGUGAAGCCGCCUCCAGAGAAGAAAUUAGCUUCCGCGAUCGAUCUCCGAGCAAUGAAUCCGGAGCCCAUGACCCCUCCUCCAGUGGAGAAGAAGCCGACACCAAUAAUAGUUCACCGCAUGACGAACGCAGAGCCGGCAAAACUGUUUCCAGAGAAGAAAGCUUUGCCGUCGACCGGUCGCCGAAUUCAGAAGCAAGAGCCUGUUAGCACUCCUCCCGUUGAGGAGGAGUAUGAGGAGAUUCAGGAUAAGCCAUCUGCACCCAGCAGAAGCCAUGCAAGAAUGCAGAAUAUUGUGGAUUUGGUGAUGUGGAGAGAUGUUUCUAAGUCUGCGCUUGUGUUUGGAUUGGGAACUUUCUUGCUGAUCUCCUCCUCUUAUGCCAAAGACCUGAAUUUCAACACAAUCACAGCAGCUUCAUAUGCAGGCCUAAUCUACCUUGGCCUAAGGUUCUUUAGCAAGUCCAUACUGAAUAGAAGUGAAAAUAUGGACUGUGAUGAUGAGAGGUGCUACCUGGUUGGGGAGGAGGAGGCCAUCUGGCUGCUGAGGCUGGUGCUGCCGUACAUUAAUGAGGUGCUCCUGAAUCUAAGGUCUCUCUUCUCUGGUGAGCCUGGAACCACCAUGAAGCUGGCGCUACUGCUGUUUGCACUGGCCCGAUGUGGCAACUUUGUCACCCUCUGGACCCUGGCCAAACUGGUGUUCUUUGGGGUCUUCAUCAUUCCGAAGGUCUGCUCCUCUUACUCCACGCAGCUGGCAAGAUAUGGCAGAUUUUGGCUGGAGAGGUUUAGGGACGCCUGGGAGUCAUGCUCCCACAAGAAGGCAGUCGUGGCGGCCGUAUUCACCCUCGUCUGGAACGUCUCCUCCACAGUUGUUCGUGUCUGGGCUGUGUUCAUGUUGUUGGUGGCGAUGAAGUGCUACCAGCAGCGCAUGGUGGACUUCGGCUGGAGCAGCACGGUGGAGGGAGCCCAGGAAGCAAUGGUCGGCGCACAACGAGAGGAGCCUCCGGCGAAAGCUGGCACGGCCAGUCCCAAGGACGAGACGGAAGGAUUCAGAGCUGCAGCGCCACAGCACAGGCGAGCACCGGUCUGCUCGCCAGUCUCCGGCGAGUUCGCGAGGGAGAGACUGAGGGUGAGGGGCGGCAUUCAGCCGAGAUGACGUGUAGAAUUUCAAAGGCUGGCUUUUCCUUCUUUUCCGCCUUUUUACUUUUGCCCUUUGUGUAGUUUUUAAUGUUGUGAUCGUGUGAUGGGUAGUGUACACCGGGCAUGAUCCGGGUGUCUUCGGAUGUUCAGGAAUUGGCAGGUAAUAAUGACCCAAAUCUAUACACAACGUUCAUGCAUGGUCCCGAUA